GUGAACCUGGUCCUGAAUGAAGGGAAAUCCCUGGGCCUCAUGAUCCGAGGAGGGGCUGAAUAUUCCCUGGGCAUCUACAUCACCGGUGUGGAUAAAGGCUCCGAAGCAGAGAGCACUGGCUUAAAGGUAGGAGACCAGAUCCUGGAGGUGAACGGCAGGAGCUUCCUCAGCAUCCCCCACGACGAGGCGGUGAAGCUCCUCAAGUCUUCCCGCCACCUCAUCAUGACGGUGAAGGACAUCGGGAGGCUGCCCCACGCCCGCACCACCGUGGAUGAGACCAGGUGGAUAGCAAGCUCCCAGAUCGGAGAGACCCUCGUCAGCUCAGCAGGGGCAAUGGGCGACCGUGCUGCGGAGGCGACAGCCAGGCCCGUGUUUUACCGGGGCCUGGCCGGCUCCCAGGUGACGCUGAGCAGCAUGGUGAACCAGACCCGAGUCAUGCUGGAGGAACAGGCACGGCACCUGCUGAAUGAACAGGAGCGGGCCACCAUGGGGUACUACCUCGAAGAGUAUAAGGAAGGCAACAUCUCCGUGGAUGCUCUGGUCAUGGCGCUCUUCGAGCUACUCAACACGCAUGCUAAGUUCUCACUGCUUUCAGAGGUGCGGGGUGUGAUCUCCCCGCAAGACCUCGACCGCUUUGACAACCUGGUGCUGAAGAGAGAGAUCGAGUCCAUGAAGGCACGUCAGCCCUCGGGGCCCGGCAUCGGCACCGGCUCCUACUCUAUGAUGUCCUACAGCGACACCGUCUCUUUUUUCCCCGCCACAACCGUCAGCUCAGCCCGGGAGCGGCUCUUGUGGCUAAUAGACCUGAUGGAGAACACGUCAGAACUGGAGGGAGGUGGAGAUGGCCACCAAACUAGCAUCAACACUCUGCCGGACAUCUCCCUGGACGAUCUCUCCUCCUUCCCAGACGAACCACCCAACUUCAAGCCUCCACCUCCUCCUUCAGCCCCCCAGAUGCUGGACCCUGCUGCUGCCCAGCACAGGAACCCAGGGAAAGACAAGCCCAAGCGCCCUUCCUCCGAGUCCUCUCAGUCAGGCCUCUUCUUCGUGGCCCCUCGAAACCCCACGCCCCCUCCUAGCCACCCUGAGAAGGACACGGUCAGCGUGACUUCCACUGCUACCACAUCCACCGAGGAGUCUGCCCCAAGCGCUAUCUAUGCCACCAUUUCUCCGGCCCUGCACAGCUCCAGGAGGCAGAUGGAUGCCCAGCUCUCCUUGGUCAGCCAACACCCCAUCGGUCCCUUCCCCAGGGUCCAGUCCCCAACGAGGUUGAAGAGCCCACCCCCAGAUGGCCCUGCAGCCGGCGGGCUUCAGAGCCCCCCUUCCCCGUCCCCUCCUCCUCCCCCGUCCGGCAGCCCGCAGGCCGUGGCCAACCAGCAUUUCAUCAUGGUGGAGGUGCACCAACCCAACAGCGAGCCCGACGUCAACGACUUUUCCUCAGGCCAGA